AUGUUUGCUAAGAUUCCAGCUGAUACAACUGUCCCAAACGAUUACUAUGGGGCUUACUUCUCAGUUCUUUGGAAUACCUUCGGCUAUCCUCCAUAUACAAGCCAUCCAAUGUAUGAACUCCCAGAGUGUUACAAGGAUCCAAGCCUCCUUCCAGAGGGCAAGACUGCCGACGACUUCUUUGUCACCUAUGCUAUUACACUCGAAAACAACCCUCUCCUCUUCCUUGAAAUAAAGCCUCCUGGUCAACUCAACGACCUCUCGGCUAGGAUUGCUGCGGACAAGCAGAUGAGGGAAAGAUUUAUUAGCUUUAAACCCCUAAUGACAACACCCAGAUUCUAUGGUGUCAGUGCCAUGGGACAGAGGCUUGCCUUCUAUGGCAUGGACAAAUCCAGCAGCUGUGUACUCCCCAAACUUCCAACGUCGGGAGAUAUUCCGAUUGAUUGGUGGAAGACGGACAUCACGACGAGAGCUGGACAACAAGAGUUUAAUGGGGUUGCACGGGAUGUUAGAAACAUGACAGAAGAAGUUACAACGUAA